GUGGGUGCAUGCGUGGGUGCGUACGUGGAUGGGUGCGUGUUUGGGUGGGUGCGUGGGUGCGUGUGUGUGUGUGUAUGUGUAUGUGCAUAAGCACUCAUGUAUGUUUGUAUGUAUGCUAUGUAUGGCUGUGCAGCCGGAUUUUUUCCUUUCAAUAGGGUUCGGCCGUUUUAACCCAGAUCAGUCUCCGGGUACAUUCAGAUUCAAUUCUGAAAGAGGUGAAAUUGGCCAAGUUACAUUUAACCUGACUGACUCUCUUGCAAAGAUGUCAGACCCCUGGGAUCGAUCCUUUUUUGUACAUUGGUGGCCAACAGGUGAAGUGGUGUGCAGCGAGAUGAAAUGGAAUGGUGGAAUGCGUAACCAUAAGCUAUCGGAUGUCCCUGGAGCGCACGAUAUCAUCUAUGCAGUCAUGCAAUUGGACCUGCCUUACCCAGAUGGAGUAUACGGGGUUAAAAUUGUGUCCUACAAAGUUUCUGAACCCAUGGUCAAGCCAGCCCGACUCCAGCUGGAGAUUGGAAUACCGUUUCUACGCAUGAUUCUGAUCGGUGAAGCCGGUGCAGGCAAGACCAGCCUGGCGCGCUCUCUUUGCCGCAAGAAAAUCUUGCGCGGAAAGGACGACAACAGCACAGUCGGAGUGGAUGAAAGCACGUUCAUCAUCGAUGGCGAUCAGCUGGAGCAGGAGGCCAGCAAAGACGGCCAGGAAAUGCUCAGAAGGAGGAUCGCCUCUGUGAUCAAGGGUACCGCAACUGUUCCAGAGGCCCGUCUGCACACUGCCGCUGCUUCUUCUUCUUCUUCCUCAUCUGUUUCGGAAUCCUCUCAUUCUGCUAACUCUGCUGCAAGCAAUACCAGAUCAGACAUUUCUUCUUCACUAGCAAGUGAUGCCUCUGGAUUGACGGACCCAUUCUCUGACUCGGCAGCAAGCGAGAACGAGUUACCACAAAGUGUGAUUAGUGAUAUCUCAAGCCGCGUGACAUCCUCUUGGUUCAUUGAGAAUGCCAGCGCAGAUAUUGCCGAGGGAUCGUUCCAAAUCAUCCGCAUCUGGGACACGGCAGGCCAGGACUCCUAUCGGCUGCUUCAGCACAUCGGCUUUGGUGCUGACCGCACUGUGUAUGCAAUUGUCUUCAACGCAAGCCAGUCUGUGGAAGCAGAGACUCCUCAGAGCACUGUUCGACACGAGGGCAAACAUCGGCCUUGCACUGCAGCUGUGCCGAGACAGCCAAGCCUUGCGUAUAUCCACGACUACCUGGCCACAAUACACAACAUGCCGAGUAGCAGCAACGUGCGGGUGUUCCUCGUUGGCACACAUAUCGACCAUCGUGGCUGGUUUAGUGGAGCGAUCCUGGAUGCGGAACGUGAUGUCAUCAUGAAAAGUCUUAAAUGGAAACCGUACUGCCACUUGCUGAAGUCUGACGACAUCGUGUUUGUCAACAACACACGUUCUGGUAGCUUCCUCUGGCCAGAACACACUGGAAUCCGAAGCCUGCGCACUAAGCUUGUCGAGGAGAGUGUCAACCAAGAGGCGAUCCCACUUGCACGUGGUCUGGAAACGCUCGCACUUCUUGAGCUCUCUAGAGAUCCCCGUCUCUCCAGUCCCUGGAUCUCGCUCGGUGAUCUGCUUCGUCUAGCCCGCUGCCUGGGCACUGCACGUCGAGUGGAUGAGGUCAAACCUAUGCUGGGCUUCCACCACAACCUUGGCACCGUUCUCUUCUUUCCCCAGUCCGUAGCACUGCGGGAUAAAGUGAUCAUCAACGUACCAUCCGUGAUGAAGCUGGCUGCCUCGCUCAUUCAGCCUGGAAUGAAGCGAGAAGAUUUCGUGAAGGAUCCACCAUCACGCGAUGACAUUGAUCUCUACGAACAAGGCUACAUCACGGUUGAACUGGCCCUGCGUCUAUGGCAAGAGCACAGUCCCGAGUUCUAUCGGCUGAUGUUGAAUGAGGAGCACCGCCACACCUUCUUGCAGCUAAUGGAGACACUGUGCAUCCUGUGUGACCUGGGUGAAAUCACCACGGCCAAGCACGGAAAGAAGAAAGUCUUUCUCAUGCCAGCUGCUACCGAAAAUGAGUCUAUCCGUGAGCGGGAAGGCGGCUCCACAUCCGAGGCCAUUCUUCUGGCUUGCGACGAAAACAACCACUUUCCACAUGAUAUGUUCCACACAAUCGGCAUAAAAUGCAUCACUCGCCACAACCAGCUCCUCGUCGAGAGCGGCACGAAAACCAGCGCCUGGAGGAUGACUGCCCUGUCCAAGUUUACCAUGCGACUGCCGUGGAAUGUCAGCGACGGAGAGUGGCUGCUAGUGGCCUACUGGAAGUGCGGCAUCUCUCUCAGAAUGGAGUCGGUCAACGAGCAGCGUGUCUUCGGCAGUGGUGAGGGUGAGGCAGCGUUACGUCAGGUGAAUCAAUGGUUGUCUGACAUGCAGGCAGUUACCAGUCCGAGACUUUUGAUUGAGGAGACGGUGGCAUGUGGUUGUGGCAAGAUGAGCGAUAGUGUGCUGUGCAUUACGCACGGUAGAGGGAUGUGCAUCGACCGCGCUACCUGCUUUCACGCAGUCGACGGGUUUGAGCCUGGAACGACUCCGAUGUGUCCCGUCUUGAACAAGGAGGCGAGGAUCCCCAAUGGAGGACUGUCCUUCUGGAAGAGAUGGACUCAGGACCCUUCAAACCUUGUCCUGCGCCGAGAACUGACUCCAUCAGGCUCAGCGUGUGUGGGCACUGGCGGUGCAGCCAUCAGUUUACGUAACAUGUCACCGGAGGAAUACGUCUCGGCCAAGUACUGCAAUCUGAACAACGUUGAUAAGCUGGUGACACUUACCGAUUUGACUGAUCUCGGAAACAAGAUGGCAGAGUACUUGACUCUUGCGGAACGAAAGAAACUAUUUUCUGGCUCUGGUUCUGGAUCACGGAGAAACGGUUUUCUUGUUCUGGUUUUGGAUUAUAGAGAAACUGGCCAAGCAGCUGGUAAUGGCAGCCGGCGAGUUUGUCAACAACUUCGAGAGCAUCAUGAUCUCUUACAUCAAGGAGAACCAACGCGGCCUAGCGGAUACCGACAAUGUGGCCGGUCAGCUCUUCUACAUCGUCCACAAGAAGGAGAUCAGCUGCAAGGAGCUUCUGUGCAUCUUGGCAGCAUUCACUCGGGAGGAAGUCGUCGCGAGAGUAGCACAGAUUAUUGAGCGUGCACAGUUCAUUGACGGUUAAGCUCACGAUCCGGUCGUCUCGAGCCGGCAAGUCGUCCGACUAAACCUGAUGCUCCGCGUAGGUUUGCCGUGUGCUGUCCGUGCCGGCCAACGCCUAUCUCUGUCCAGUGCCUGGCGCAGUGGAGUGCUUGCUCAAAGUAGUGUGCAGGUUGCACUUUGGACAUGGACAAUAGUCACACGGAAUCAUGACCUGCGUCAGGUUUGUCAUUCAUUUCUUUGUUCUGCAUGUUCAGAUUUGGUUCGUAAUGGAUGCCAAGUGGAUUGAAUGAUCGUUUUCUAGGAAUUUUUUUAUCUUUCCUGCCACUUAUUGAAUUAUUGGUAAAAUAUUCUCUUGAAAUUCUUUGCAUGAACUACACAUAAUUAUCAUGCAGCGUAGCACUUUUGAUUUCCUUCAUACAACUUUAGUGGGUUUUUCCACACCCGUUUUGCGUAUUUGUUUGAUUUAUCAUUUCCCCAAGUUUUCCUUUAGAUUUAGCAGUGCUUUAGAAGUAGCAGUGUAUCACAAAUACCGUUACGUUGACACACACACACACACACACACACACACACAUGCACGCACACAUGCACACACACACACACACACACACACACACACACACACACACACACACACACACACACACACACACACACACACACACACACACAUAUACACACACACAUGCCGAUGUGCACACAUGCGCUGACACACACACACACACACACACACACACACACACACACAUACACACACACACAUGCCGAUGUGCACACAUGCGCUGACACACACAUGCAUACAUGACUGUACAUGCAAAUACGUCCGGCAGGACGCACAGACACCUCGUCUGUGCAUGCAUAUCAAGGACAGAUUUUGAUUUGAUCAAACCGCUGCUUCGCUAGUGUCGCUGCGUCUCCCACAAGCAAUGUGAAUAUUCUUGAACUGGAGUCCCACCUUGUUCCACUCUUGAUAUUUUUCCUUUAUUUGGAGUGUGCCCCCCCCCCCCCCUACUUCCUCACCCGGAAGUUGCAAUUCAGCUUCUGCUUCCUCUGCUCGUAUUUUGCCGUUUUUUUCAAGUUUUUCGCCUUCUCCGGUAUUUUGCAGUUUUUUUAAUUAUGUGCAAUCACUAUAGCAUUCAUUGUAUUCAAGCCGGACCCCGGCACUGCACAACCACAGCAGUCGGUCGGUCUGACUCGAUUUUCAAAAGACUAAGUACACGCUCCUCUCAGUUAGGGCUGUCAUGUGACAUGCCCCAGGAAGUGAAGAUUUGACUAGAAUCGA